GCAAUGGAGGGGCUGUGUCCCAGUGCGAUGGAGGGGCUGUGUCCCAAUGCGAUGGAGGGGCUGUGUCCCAGUGCGAUGGAGGGGCUGUGUCCCAGAGCUAUGGAGGGGCUGUGUCCCAGAACAAUGGAGGGUUCUGUGUCCCAGUGCGAUGGAGGGGCUGUGUCCCAGAGCAAUGGAGGGGCUGUGUCCCAGUGCGAUGGAGGGGCUGUGCCCCAGUGCGAUGGAGGGGCUGUGUCCCAGAGCGAUGGAGGGGCUGUGUCCCAGAGCGAUGGAGGGGCUGUGUCCCAGUGCGAUGGAGGGGCCGAGUGCCCAGUGCGAUGGAGGGGCCGAGUGCCCAGUGCGAUGGAGGGGCUGUGUCCCAGAGCUAUGGAGGGGCUGUGUCCCAGAACAAUGGAGGGUUCUGUGUCCCAGAACAAUGGAGGGUUCUGUGUCCCAGUGCGAUGGAGGGUCUGUGUCCCAGUGCGAUGGAGGGGCCGACUGCCCGGAGCAAUGGAGGGGCUGUGUCCCAGAGCGAUGGAGGGGCUGUGUCCCAGAGCAAUGGAGGGGCUGUGUCCCAGAGCGAUGGAGGGGCUGUGUCCCAGUGUGAUGGAGGGGCCGAGUGCCCAGAGCAAUGGAGGGGCUGUGUCCCACAACAAUGGAGGGUUCUGUGUCCCAGUGCGAUGGAGGGGCUGUGUCCCAGGGCGAUGGAGGGGCUGUGUCCCAGAGCGAUGGAGGGGCUGUGUCCCAGUGCGACGGAGGGGCUGUGUUCCAGAGCGAUGGAGGGGCUGUGUCCCAGAGUGAUGGAGGGGCUGUGUCCCAGGGCGAUGGAGGGGCUGUGUCCCAGUGCAAUGGAGGGGCUGUGUCCCAGAGCGAUGGAGGGGCUGUGUCCCAGUGUGAUGGAGGGGCCGAGUGCCCAGAGCAAUGGAGGGGCUGUGUCCCACAACAAUGGAGGGUUCUGUGUCCCAGUGCGAUGGAGGGGCUGUGUCCCAGGGCGAUGGAGGGGCUGUGUCCCAGAGCGAUGGAGGGGCUGUAUUCCAGUGCGAUGGAGGGGCUGUGUUCCAGAGCGAUGGAGGGGCUGUGUCCCAGAGCAAUGGAGGGGCUGUGUCCCAGUGCGAUGGAGGGGCUGUGCCCCAGUGCGAUGGAGGGGCUGUGUCCCAGAGCGAUGGAGGGGCUGUGUCCCAGAGCGAUG